AUGGGUUGCUUCAGUUGCUUCGACGGAACCCAAAAACAACAGCGUAAGGAAGAAGAGAGACAAGCCUCCGCCGAAGCUCGUGCCAGAGCCGCCGAAGCUGCCAUGCGACGACAAGAACAGUUUGAUAAGUCUGCAGCUGGAAGGGCUGCACAAGCUCAAUUAAAACAAAUGGCUAAACAAUCGGAAAAUGCUAAUAAAGGAGAGCCUGUUCUUAAGUGGCAAAUGACGUAG